AUGGCGGGCCCGUGGCGGACGCUGAGGAGGGCGCGGGGUUGGGCGGCCCUGGCGGGACUGCGGGCGAGGCCGGACAAGUUCGGGGGGGUGAGCGUGGACUUGGGCGAGCUGCGCGGCUCCCCGCGGCUGGAGCGGGCCGCCUUCGGGCGGUGGCUGCGGGAGUCCGUGUCUCAGUGGCGGGAUGAAGGCCGUGUUGCUGUCUGGCUCCGUGUGCCCAUCCUCCAGAGCAGCCUUGUGGCAGUGGCUGCUUCCCAAGGCUUUGCUUUCCACCAUGCUGAGCAGGGCUCAUCCACCCUGACCCUGUGGCUGGGAGAGGGGCCCAGCAGGCUGCCAGGGUUUGCCACACACCAGGUGGGGGUUGCAGGUGCUGUUCUAGAUGAAAGCACUGGAAAGGUGUUGGUUGUACAAGACAGAAAUAAGACUAUAAACGCAUGGAAAUUUCCAGGAGGUCUGUCUAAUCCAGGAGAAGACAUUGACACAGCAGUUCGAGAGGUUUUUGAAGAGACUGGCAUCAAGUCAGAGUUCAAGUCCAUCCUAAGUAUCAGGCAGCAACACGAACACCCCGGAGCCUUUGGGAAGUCAGACAUGUACGUCAUCUGCCGCAUGGAGCCCUCCUCCUUCCACAUCAGUUUCUGCCAGCACGAGUGCCUCCGGUGUGAGUGGAUGGACCUGGAGGAGCUGGCCAGGACAGAAAACACCACGCCCAUCACCAGCAACGUGGCCAAGCUCUUACUGUUCGGGUACCGGGAAGGGUUUGAUAGGAUUGACAUAACCAUGAGGGAGUUCCCAGCUGUCUACACAGGCCUGUUCUACAAACUCUACCACAGGGAGCUGCCCGAGUCCUACAGAAACAUGACGUGUUAG